AGAUGCUGCGGCGGAGCCCGGCUCUCCUUCGGCCACAGCCCGCGGCCGGUGCGCCCGCCAGGCGCGCUGCGCUACGGCGCCGCCGCGCAGCCCUCCCCAGCCCCAGCAGCACCAAGAGCAGCAGCAGCAGCAGUACCAGGAGCAGCAGUACCAGCAGCAGCAGCAGUCCUGCGCCUCGCCCCGCGGGGCGGUGGGGGCCGAGCCCCGCCGCUGUCCUGCGGCGGAGCCCCCCGGAGCCGGCUGGGCGCGCUCACGGGGGCGCACCGGGGAGGGGGGGGAUGAAGCCGAAGGUGCUGCAGCUGGGCAAGGUCAGGACCUUGCGGUGAAGACCGGGGCCGUCGCUCGCACCCCCCCCCCCCCCCCCCCUUCUUUUUCUAUCCUUGGACUGAGGAUUUGCUGUUGGGUUUUGGAGGCUGCUCGGGAGGAAGCAGGGGGAAGCGGCGCCGAUCGAAGCUAUGCCUAUGCCAGAUCAGCCCUCGUCUUCUGAUAAGACAAGUUCCCUUAGUCCUGUGUUGAACACAUCCAACGGCGAUGGCUCGGAAACUGAGACGACCUCUGCCAUUCUAGCUUCAGUUAAAGAACAGGAACUGCAAUUUGAGAGACUGACUCGAGAACUUGAAGCUGAACGUCAGAUUGUAGCUAGCCAACUGGAGAGAUGUAAGCUUGGAUCAGAAACUGGAAGCAUGAGCAGCAUUAGUUCAACGGAAGAGCAGUUUCACUGGCAAACACAAGAUGGUCAGAAGGAUAUAGAAGAUGAGCUCACUACUGGUCUGGAGCUGGUGGACUCCUGUAUUAGGUCACUGCAGGAAUCAGGGAUCCUUGAUCCACAGGACUAUUCAGCCAGUGAAAACACCACGGAAGAGUCAGCUAGUUCCUUGAAAACUAGGAGAGACUGCGAUCAGAGAUGGCAUAGGGGAGGAUUAGGGCCCAGCCUCCUCUCCCAGAGUGCUCUCCAGCUCAACGCCAAGCCCGAGGGCUCCUUCCAGUACUCGGCCAGCUACCACAGCAACCAGACCCUCGCCCUGGGCGAGACGGCAGCCGCCCCGCUCCCGGCCCGCAGCGCCCAGGCCAGAGGUGCCAUCCAGAGCUACAGCCAGUUAAGCUCCGCCAUCGGCACUUACGCCACUCUGUCGCCCACCAAGCGGCUGGUUCACGCCGCCGACCCGUACGCCAAGCACUCCCAGGAGCUCUUCGCCACCGCCACCCUGCAGAGACCCGGCUCCCUCGCAGCUGGGUCUCGGGCAUCUUACAGCAGCCAGCACAGCCACCUUGGCUCCGAGUUAAGGGCACUACAGUCUCCAGAACAUCAUAUAGAUCCUAUUUACGAAGACAGAGUUUAUCAGAAGCCCCCUAUGAGGAGUCUCAGCCAGAGUCAGGGGGACCCUCUGCAACCAGCACACACAGGCACAUAUCGCACUAGUACAGCCCCAUCUUCCCCUGGUGUCGACUCCGUACCCUUACAGCGCACAGGCAGUCAACACGGCACACAGAACGCAACCGCGACCUUCCAGAGGGCCAGCUAUGCUGCAGGCCCAGCCUCCAAUUACGCAGACCCCUACCGACAGCUGCAGUAUUGUCCUUCUGUUGAAUCACCAUACAGCAAAUCUGGGCCAGCCAUCCCACCUGAGGGGACCUUGGCUAGGUCACCUUCCAUUGAUAGCAUUCAGAAAGAUCCCAGAGAGAGCUUCACCAUGCAGGCCUGCUACUUUGACAUCAGUCACGAAGACCCCAGGAUGACCAAAAAGGGUGAAAAAUCUGAUGUCAUUUUUGAGAAUGAAAGAGAGUUUGGAUGGCGAGAUCCAGAGCUUCCAGAAGUUAUACAGAUGUUACAGCAUCAAUUUCCCUCAGUACAGUCCAAUGCUGCAGCCUACUUACAACACCUCUGUUUCGGAGACAAUAAAAUAAAAGCAGAGAUAAGAAGACAAGGCGGAAUACAAUUACUGGUGGACCUAUUGGACCAUCGGAUGACAGAAGUCCACCGUAGUGCCUGUGGAGCUUUGAGAAACUUGGUAUAUGGGAAGGCAAAUGAUGACAACAAAAUUGCUCUGAAAAACUGUGGUGGUAUCCCAGCAUUAGUACGGUUACUCCGCAAGACUACAGAUUUGGAAAUCAGAGAACUGGUCACAGGAGUUCUCUGGAAUCUAUCCUCCUGUGAUGCACUGAAAAUGCCAAUCAUCCAGGAUGCCCUUGCAGUGUUGACCAAUGCAGUGAUCAUCCCUCACUCUGGAUGGGAAAAUUCUCCGCUCCAGGAUGAUCAUAAAAUACAACUCCAUUCAUCACAGGUGCUGCGCAAUGCCACUGGGUGCCUAAGGAAUGUCAGCUCUGCUGGAGAGGAGGCCCGCAGAAGGAUGAGGGAGUGUGAUGGCCUGACGGAUGCAUUGCUGUACGUGAUCCAGUCUGCUCUGGGGAGCAGUGAAAUUGAUAGUAAGACCGUUGAAAACUGUGUGUGCAUUUUGAGGAACCUCUCAUACAGGCUAGCUGCAGAAACAUCUCAGGGACAGCAGAUGGGAACAGAUGAACUUGAUGGAUUACUCUGUGGCGAUGCCAAUGGAAAAGACACGGAGAGUUCAGGGUGCUGGGGGAAGAAGAAAAAGAAAAAGAAAUCACAAGAUCAGUGGGAUGGAGUAGGACCUCUCCCAGACUGCGCAGAACCACCCAAAGGAAUCCAGAUGCUGUGGCACCCUUCAAUAGUCAAACCCUACCUCACACUUCUUUCUGAGUGCUCAAAUCCAGACACGCUGGAGGGGGCAGCAGGGGCACUGCAGAACUUGGCUGCUGGGAGUUGGAAGUGGUCAGUGUAUAUCCGCGCUGCUGUCCGCAAAGAAAAAGGACUGCCAAUCCUGGUAGAACUGCUUCGAAUAGACAAUGACCGGGUGGUGUGUGCAGUAGCUACAGCUUUACGAAACAUGGCCUUAGAUGUCAGAAAUAAGGAGUUAAUAGGCAAGUAUGCCAUGAGGGAUCUGGUCCACCGACUGCCAGGCGCUAACAACAGCAACAGCUCAGCAAGCAAGGCCAUGUCUGAUGACACCGUUACUGCCAUUUGCUGCACUCUGCAUGAAGUCAUCACUAAAAACAUGGAGAAUGCCAAGGCCUUACGAGACGCAGGCGGCAUUGAGAAACUGGUUGGCAUAUCUAAGAGUAAAGGAGACAAGCAUUCGCCAAAAGUGGUGAAAGCAGCAUCUCAGGUCCUCAAUAGUAUGUGGCAGUACAGAGACCUGAGAAGUCUCUACAAGAAGUGGGCGGCCCCAAGCUUCAGUGUGGCUGAGGACAGAGGAUUUUCACCAACCCACCACUCUGGGUCAUGGCACGCUCAGCAUACUCUCUCCCAGAGCCGGGAAACCAGAAUCUAUUCCCCAACCCAGGACGGAUGGUCACAGUAUCACUUUGUAGCCUCAUCUUCAACAAUAGAAAGGGAUCGACAAAGACCAUACUCUUCAUCACGCACGCCCUCCAUCUCUCCCGUGCGCAUGUCUCCUAACAACCGCUCAGCAAGUGCCCCAGCCUCACCUCGGGAAAUGAUCAGCCUAAAAGAAAGGAAAACAGACUAUGAAUCAACUGGAACGAACGCCACUUACCAUGGAAAUAAGGGAGAACACACUUCUAGGAAAGACACCAUGACAGCAAGAGUCAACUGCUCACUGAGGCAUGGCAGAGGGGGAAUGGAGUUCCCAGGAAUGCUGCCUGCGUGUUCAGAAGCAGCUCAGAGCACUGGCAUCUCAACUUUGUAUAGGAAUUCUUACGGUGCACCUGCUGAAGAUAUCAAACAUAACCAGGUUUCAACACAGCCAGUUCCACAGGAGCCCAGCAGAAAAGAUUACGAACCAUAUCAGCCGUUUCAGAAUUCAACCAGAAACUAUGAUGAGUCCUUCUUUGAGGACCAAGUGCAUCAUCGCCCACCUGCAAGUGAAUACAACAUGCACCUGGGACUAAAGUCAACUGGAAACUACGUCGACUUCUAUUCAGCUGCUCGUCCCUAUAGUGAACUUAAUUAUGAAACAAGCCACUAUCCAGCCUCUCCCGACUCCUGGGUUUGAGACUUGGGCAGAUACAAAAGCUCCAGGAACUGUGCAUGUGCAUGCAUACCACAAGACAUUUUUUUUCCUGCAAAUUUAGUUUGUUAAAGCCUGUUCCAUAGGAAGGCCCAGAUAACCAGUAAGGAAAAAAAUUAGGAGAUUUUUUUUAGAAGGCUAAAAGAAAUGAAAGCUAAACCUGGGAAUAAUUAGAAAGAAAUAUAUAUAUAUAUACACAUAUAUAUAUUUUACGUGUGGGACAACUUUACUGUUGGCCUGUAGAGUCUAAAGUUCGGUGCUGUGUGUUGAAUGUGGCUGAAGGAAGUAGGGAGAACAUGACAGUGGAUGUGGGUUAAGAGUUAAGCACAAGUAACUGAGCAGCGUACAUACUUUAUGGGGAACAGCUUCUCACACUUUGUUUAAUAUCCUCAUUCAUUGUGAAUCUAGGCUUCAAGUUGCAUUUGGGGUUUCCUCUGUACAGCAAGAUGUUUCUUGCCUUUUGUUAAUGCAUUGUUGUAAAGUAUUUGAUGUACAUUACAGAUAAAAAAAACAAGUGCAUUGUGUAUAUUACACCAAUGCCACAGUGUUUCUUCAUCUAUGGUUCUAAAUAUUGCUUCAAUUUCAAAUUUUGAAAGAUGUAUGAAUUUCCAGUUUUUUGUUUUCUUCUCCCCGGUGCGUUUUAACAAAAAAAAAAAAAAAGAAAAAAGAAAAAAAGAAAAAAAAAGGAAUAUUUAGCAGUAUUGUUCGUUCUGAUAUGUGAAUUUGUUUGUGGCAACUAAAAAAAAGGCAUUCAGCAGUUUCUGACAAUUAACAUUCAUCAUUCCACACUCCUUGUCAACAAAGUGCUUUUUCACUGCCUAAAAUUUUAGAUGUAGAUAUUUGAAAUAGAUUUUUUUCAUUUAUACCAGUUUUCUUUAUGAUGAUACAGUGUUAAAAGAAAAUAAAUUACAAUUGAUCUGUCA